GAGACCCCGCUAAUUUAGGCGUUUGCGUUACUUCCCUUUCUGUACAGAUACAUAUACGGACAUGUAAUUAAAUAUGGGCCGGAAAAGUGCCACUCUUUCUUGUACACCAAGGCGUUCUACUCGACCAGUUAGGUCAACUGAUGAAGUCCAAAUACCUGAAAAUAAGAAAUCGGUUAAUCCAGCUAAAAAGUCAAGUCGGUUGACCACAAUCAAGAAAAGUGCUUCCAGUAACAAAGAUGAACAUCUAUCCGCUUUGAAUAAGCAUACAAAAAGACGUAGUAAACGAAUUAGUUCAAGAGUAGAAACACAGAAAUCAAGUCUUAAAGGAACAUUGGGUUCGGAGAAAAAAGAUGAAUUGUUCGGAGACGAUAAAGAGUUAUUGACAGAUCGCCACUUUCAAGAUGAGUGUAAUGACAGCGAUUCAAGUGAUUUCGUAUCCCAGUGCUCAAGUGUUGAAAGACCUAAAAGCAAGAGAAAAGGCAAUUUGCGUUUGUUUUCAGAAUUCAAACCUAAGAAUGUGGCUAAAAAACUGAAUAAACCAUUGAGAAACGUUAAUGUAGUUGAAAAAUUUCAAAGUAUUGUAAAUAAUGAUUCAGACGACGAAACAGAAUGGGUUGAAGUGGAUGAUGAGCCAACUAAUGAAUUAGAUUUCAUGCAUAACCUUUUGAAUUUCAGUUCAAAUACUGUACCUUGCGAAGAUAGAGAAAAAAAGCCUACAUCACUAACUGUGGCUAUCCCUUUUGAUAGUUUCACUAAAAAACAUUCUAAACAAGAUCCAAAACUUCUCGAGUUACUUGCACUAAAACGCAAACUAAAAGAACAUUACACAUUGAUGCAUUCAGUUCAUGUGUUAUGUUUUCUUGCUCAUAGUCGUGUGAUAAAUCAAACUUGUGACAGUUCCUUAUGUUGGGCUUUAGGUAUUUCACUUUUGGCUAAUACAAAUGCAGUGUACAAUCAAAAAACAAAACAGUUUAUCAGAUUAUCAUUGUGGUCAAUUGAACAUGUAGAAGCGUGUCUUGUUUCAUUGUUGUCUUAUCAAGGAAUGCAAUUAUGUACUGAAAAUAAUUCAUGCGGUGAUUAUGAAUACCAGCUUGUUCGUCGUCUUUCAGAGUCGAAAUCAACUGAAAGUGAUUGUCUCAUACUACUUGUUGCAGCUCUUCGUUCUCUUGGAUUCGAUGUACGAAUAAUCCUUGGUCUUCAUCCAAUACCUUUAUUGCCUAGUGAAACAGCGACCAAAAUGCUUACGUCUAAAAGUAAAGAAAUUAAAAGUUCAAAUAAGGGAAAACAUAAUCGAAAAAUCAUUUCUUCAGAUGAAGAAGACAUAUUUGAUACCAAUUUUGAUCAUCAUUAUUAUAAUGAGAGUUCAAAAUCCAGCAUUACUCUGUUUGCUGAAGUAUUUCUACCGAAAUUGAAUCGUUGGGUAUGUAUUGAUCCAUCAUCGCCUACAGGUGUUGUGGAUAAAGUGAAUUUCAAAAAUGGAUCUUUAUAUGUUGUCGGUGCUUGUUCUGUACGAUCAUCGAGUCCUGAAUUAGUAUCUUAUGUUGGUAGAAAUCCAGUUGACCUGUCUCCUCGUUAUGUUCAGGAUUGGUGUGUUUCUGCUCGUACUCAUCGCAUUCCUGCUGAGAAGUGGAGUAGUUUUCUUGAUAUACAAAGUAGAUUUUUCGAUAAAGAUGCCGUUGAAUAUGAUGCUUUAGUUUCUAAGUUAAAUACAGUCCCAACUUUUCAACGAGACAAAAAAGAUAAGGAUUCUAUUCAAGAAAAGCUUUUAUCUGAACCUCUACCUAAACGUGUGCAAGACUUUAAGAAUCAUCCACUGUAUGUUCUCCAACGCCAUUUACUUAAAUUUCAAGUUAUUCAUCCACCUGAUUCAAUCCCCUUGGGAUAUUUUCGUAAUGAACCGGUUUAUUCUCGUGAUUGUCUUCAUCUUUGUCAUACCAGAGAAUCAUGGUUAAAAGAGGCUAUGGUAUGUUCACAACACUAUUGUUUUCAAGAAAAAUACAUUCCUAGAUGUUCUCGAAAAUGUUUCCUUCCGCAAAUUCAUAUUAUAUCCCUCAUCUUUCCUAUUAUCACUAACUAUGUGUAAUACCCUAGAAUCUCUGUACUGAUGUAGUUUUGCAACUUGAGUCGAUGCACUUUUUCCAGAUUAUACGUUCCAGAUAACUAUGACUAAAGAAGAAUAUUAAUGAAAAAAGUUUCUGAAAUAUGACAGAAAAUCGCCUCCUAAAUUGUUUUACUUCUUACAUACUUGAUGGUUAACUGUGGAAUUCCAACUCAUUGGCCAUGUGUACUAAGCUUUUAGCCGAACCUAGAAAUAUUUCUUUGCUGUUAAAACCUAAUUAAAUUAUACUGGGUGUGAUCUCGACACCUUACGAUCCAAAGUCACUUGGUUAUAUCCCAGUGAUUAUCUCACAAAACUCACCCAAAAGCCAACGGGUUACAUAAGGAUAUCAGUCAGUCAGUCUGCUACAGCGUAGAGCCAGACACAUUAGUCCAAGUUGCCAUAUCUCAUUAGCACAACAAGAUGAACACCAAAUCCAUAGAAGUAGUUAAUUCAGUGAUGGUAAUAUAUAAAAGAAAGAUUGCAUAUAAGGAUAUAGUACAGGAAAAAAGAAUUAGUUCGUAGAAAGAAAGAUAUGAAGCGAUUUUAAUCUCAUAGUUUAAAGGAAGACAAAGAGUAUAUACACCUACGCUAUUGUGAUCGAUUCUGAGCCAUGUCACCCAGAGUCACACGGACCCAAACCAAGUAGUCUUCAUCUACCAACGUGGCUCAGACUAGAAGUUAGUGACUUCAAGGACUGAUGCCACGUUUUGAUUUGGCCGCCCCUAUCUUUCUUCCAACCAUCCCCUACCAAUGGUGUCAGCAUUGCGCGUCGUGAUAAUCGGUGUUCAUGCAUACGCGACACAUGGCCCAACCAUCUUAGUCAAUGAAGAUUUACAACCUCAUCAACUGAUUUACCAUCAUUCCCUAAUACCUUGCAUCUAAGCUCACUAUUACUUACCCGGUGAUCCCAGCAGAUGCGAGCAAUAUUUCUAAGACAGUUGUUGCUGCCUUGAUGUGGUGGUCGGGCUUGCCUAUCGUGCUAAACCAAUCGAUCUAUACUGGCUGGAACAAUCGUUCUUCAAGGUCCUACUAUGCCAGACAGGUCAGUUGAAGAGCGAUAAGACUAAAAGCAGCAAACCCAUGGUCUGAGGACGAAGUCGUGCUGCUGACUGUACAGAGGUGUUACGGCAGUAAGAUGUUUCCUCCAAUACAACCUUCCCACAAGGAGGGAUGGGGUUAGAAAAGGUCGACCUUAAAAAUGCACACAUCUCCUUAUCCCACGAAUAUCCGUCUCCAGCAGUAAGGUCUCAACAAGUACGGAGCUAACACGAAAAUUACCCACAAAAGUGUCGUGUGUGACCGACCUCAAGCAGUUGUCCUUGGGUACUACGGUGAUGCUCUCGGGUCACUAAGACCACCUAACCCAAUUUCCUUUUCAAGUAUCUCCAGAAGAACUCUUCCACAGUGUGGGCAACCGGGAAGUGAUAACCGCUCUCAUACUUCCAACAACACUCAAGACCACUCUAUUCAUAAUCAAACUCCUUCGUUAAGGAUAAUAACCUUGGUACAAUCUGAAUUUCACAAACCCAUGGUUGUAAUUAAGUUUACUUCGUUUGUUAGUCAUCAAUACCCAUACUUACAUCUACAAAGGCGUCUGGUCAUCAGUAAUGUAUGUCAGCCCAUCAUUUGCCUUAACAGAUUAUGCUAAACUAGUGCAGGACUAAGUUCGUUAAAGCCCAAACUUUGAAAGACCAUGAUAUUAACACUAACCGAAGAAUUGUGUUAAUAUGUAACGGUUUUUUAGUUAUAUCGAUAGUGAAAAACUGAUUUGAUUAUAAUUCACUGUCUGAAAACCAUGUACCUUAGCGACUGUCUUAUAUCACUACAUAGUUACUAUUCUGUUACUUUAGAUUUAAACCCUCUUUAAUCGUAAGAAACUGCUAAUUGAUAUCUCAGCUAUUUAGAGUUUUGGUCCGGUUUUUCACAACUUUUUUAAGCACACUUCAUUGUCAAAACGUUGUAUAUAAAGAUUUCAAGUACCAGUAAAUAUUUAUUCAUAGGUAUUCAGUGUCAUAUGUGGUUGCUUUAUUUUCCUUUUUUGUAUUUCCAUUCUCAGACCGUUCGUCUUCAUGAAAAACCCGCGAAAGUUGUUAAAGCUCGUUUAUCUAUGAAACGUAAGUUGUUACAAGGUUCCGAUUCUGCACCUGCAACUGUUGAAAUAUUCGGUCCAUGGCAAGUGGAACCGUAUGUACCACCGAAAGCUGAAAAUGGUAUUGUCCCACGUAAUGCGCAUGGAAAUGUUGAUUUGUUUAAACCGUGCAUGCUUCCUAUAGGCUGUGCACACUUAUGUCUUUCUGGUAUGUUCUAUAUGGUUUCCUUUUUUUUAAAAAUCAUGUUUGAUUUCAUUUCAAUUUGAUCUUUCCAUCAUCAAAAGUAAUACAGAAUAAUUUCUCUACACUUUGUAGGCCUUUUUUUAAACGUAUCCGAAUUACGUUAUUUUGUGACUCAUUUUAUUUUAAAGAAUGAUUUCCUAUAAUAAAAAAGUGUUCGAUACAAUAGAACAUUAAGGAAUGUACCGCAAAAUGUAUUAAGUAACAUUAAUAAUGGAUAUAUUUUUUAUAUCCAAAUGAGUAGAAAAAUUGUAUUUCUGACGCUUCGUAACUUAGUGCAGGCCACUUCUUCAGAGUAAAUAAAUAACCGACAUUAAAUUAACAUAAAUACUAUAACAAAAAGUAUAUGCUUAUUAUUAACGUUUUACUCAAUGCUCAAUUUAUUUAAAACUAUCAAGUCCAACCUUGGCAUUGAUACUCAUGAAAUAAAAUUAUUUUGC